GGCUCGAAACGCAGACAUGUAUAGAGGACACAGAGGAGAUCUCACUGACAGUUGUUUCUGUAGCAUGCUUAGUGUUCUGUGUAAAGAAGCGACGAGCAUUCUAUUAUUCUUAAUGUUCCAUUAGUUAGAUAGUAUCGUUAUCAAGACAUCUGGCAGAUGUGGGUGGAAAGGCGGCUUCCUGAAAUUAACCUGUCACGUUUUUUUAUAUUUGGGACAUUUCUUUAUGUACCUGUCUUUAAGAGUGCAUAAUAUGCCGCAGAGAGAACAGUUAAUCCCAAUAACAUUAUAGUUAGAGCGAUAUAUUUGUAUGAUGUAUGUACCCCAGCUGCUAUAGCCUUGAGAGGAAAAUAUAUAUAUAUAUAUAUAUAUUUUUUUUUUAAAUCAGUUCUGCUCUUGUGCUAAAAAAUGUUUUCUCUUGCUCAAAAGAGAUUGUUUAGUGUGCUUUUCGGAGGGAGUGUUACUAAAACAUUCAAAAAUUAUCACGCUUUCAAGAGAUGCCCACAUCUUAGAAAAAUCAGCACUUCCUGCAAAAGGAAUACAGUCAUGCCAGCCUGGGUGAUUGAUAAAUAUGGCAACAAUGAGGUGUUGCGAGCCAACAACAACACAAUGUUUCCUGUUAUCAAUUACCCCAAUGAAGUGAUCAUUAAAGUCAAGGCAUCCAGUAUAAAUCCGAUUGAUGUGAAUAUGCGAAAUGGAUACGGAUCUGCAAGUUUAAAUAUGACUCGUGAUCCUUUGAAUAUUAAAUCUUCUGGCAAUGAAUUUCCUUUGAUCCUUGGGAGGGAUGUUUCAGGGGUUGUUAUGGAAUGUGGGCUCAGUGUACAGUAUUUUAAACCUGGAGAUCAUGUAUGGGCAGCAAUUCCUCCUUGGAAGCAAGGCACCUUGGCAGAGUUUGUUGUAGCAAGUGGCAAUGAGAUUUCACUCAAACCAAAAUGUCUUAGUGACACAGAAGCAGCAUCGCUGCCUUAUGUCAGUCUCACUGCGUGGGCAGCCUUAGUAAAUAGCUGUGGCCUGAAUAAGGACAACUGUCCUGGAAAACGAGUACUGGUUAUUGGAGCCUCAGGUGGUGUUGGAACAGCUGCCAUCCAGCUGCUAAAAGCAUGGGGUGCACACGUGACCGCAGUUUGCUCUGAAGAUGCCCUCUCCCUAAUGAUGAAUCUUGGAGCAGAUGACGUUGUUGAUUACAAAGCAGGAAACUUGAAAGAGCAGCUAAAAUCACGGCAACUGUUUGAUGUUAUUUUGGACAACAUUGGUGGACCAACUGAAAAACUUGCUCUUCAGUUCCUUAAGCCAUGGUCCGGAGCCAGUUUUGUCACACUUGUAACUCCAUUUUUGUACAACAACGAUAGGCUGGGUAUAGCGGAUGGAAUGAUGCGUACUGGGAUCACUCUAGGUUCAAAAGUGAUGAAGCAUUUAAGCAAAGGAAUUCAUUACCGAUGGGCGUUCUUUACAGCCAGUGGGCCAUCCCUGGAUGAAAUAAGGGAUCUGGUGGAAGCUGGAAAGAUCCGUCCCGUCAUUAAUGAAGUGUUCUCAUUUUCUGAUGUCCCCAAGGCUUUCCAGAAGAUGGAAGAAGGUCAUGCACGUGGGAAAACAGUCAUUCAAGUUUCUGAAUCCAAUUAAUAAAUGAUAAUUUUUGUACCAUU